AUGUUUAGAGAUUCUCGGCCAAUAGCACUUCGAAAACUAAACCCAUUUUCAAAUCGAAAGCAUCGCACAUCAGACUCAAUACACAGCGAUGAGGAUCCGUUACUAGACGAAGAGGCAGCUUUCAACCUGUUAAAUUCACCAACUUCACCCACCAACCCUUCUGAGAGUUCACCAAGACGGUCCUCUCCAUCUGUAACACAGUCAUCCUCAACGACAAGGCAGCAAGAAGGCAAGAGUUUUAUAUCUUGGUUCAUAAAAAAGAAGGUGUAUUCACCAAGAACGAUAUCACUGGGAGCAGAUGACAAAGAAAAGAACAAGUACUGUGCCAAUAUGAUUAUCAAUCAAAAAUACAACUUGAUUACUUUUCUACCUGUUGUUUUAUUUGAACAGUUUGUCAUUUUCUUUAAUCUAUACUUUUUACUGGUUGCAUUAUCCCAGUUUGUACCUGCUCUCAAAAUCGGCUACAUUCUGACCUACUUUGGACCACUGUGUUUUGUCUUGUUGAUCACCAUUAGCAAAGAAGCCUUAGAUGAUUACCAACGUUAUAAGCGAGACAAGGAAGCCAACUCUCAGCUCUACACACGACUCACGCCUUCUGGCAACCAAAAUAUACCAAGCUCCAAAAUUAGAGUAGGCGAUUUCAUUCAUAUCCUUAAAGAUCAGCGUAUUCCAGCAGACAUGAUUUUGCUGAGAACCACAGAAGAGUCAGGUGCCAGUUUUAUUAGAACAGAUCAAUUGGAUGGCGAGACAGAUUGGAAGUUACGAUUAGCGAUACCGUCGUUGCAGAGAUUACCUUCAGAUCAGGAUGUGUUGGAUAUCAAGGGACAUAUUUAUGCGGAUGCACCCCACAAGGAUAUUCAUAGCUUUGUCGGCACAGUGUCUGUCAAUGAUCCUCAGACGGGCAGAGAGCAGAUCGAACCACUUGGCGUAGAAAACACCAUGUGGACAAAUACGGUGUUGGCUUCAGGUUCUGCUAUUGGGUUUGUCAUUUACACGGGUAAAGAUACGCGUGCUGUUAUGAAUACCAAUCAUCCCAAGACAAAGAUAGGGCUCAUUGAUCAAGAAAUCAAUCAGUUGGCCAAGAUUCUGUUUAUCGUCACUCUCGCUUUGUCCAUCAUCAUGGUGGGCUUGAAUGGAUUCCGUGGUGUAUGGUACAUUUACGUCUUUCGCUUCUUGAUUCUGUUCUCGUCCAUCAUCCCCAUUGGUUUACGUGUGAACCUGGAUAUGGGCAAAAGUGUGUAUGCGCGCCAAAUCGAGCACGACCGAGAAAUCAUGGGCACCAUUGUUCGCACCAGCACAUUACCCGAGGAACUGGGUCGAGUGGAAUACUUGCUGACGGAUAAGACAGGCACAUUGACACAGAACGACAUGGAGCUAAAGAAACUGCAUAUGGGCACCAUGUCUUACAGCUCAGAUACCAUGGACGAGAUUCAAACACAUGUAGCAACGGCUUUCGGAUCACAACAGCAACAAGAGCUCAACAAAGGCCGCAGAAACAUCUCUGUGCGUGUACGAGACAUUGUGCAAGCCUUGGCACUGUGCCAUAACGUUACUCCUUCCACCAGCGUCGAUGGCGAUAUCACCUAUCAAGCAUCCAGCCCUGACGAAGUGGCCAUUGUGAAAUGGACUGAACACAUGGGCCUCACCCUAUUUAAUCGAGAUGUCAAUACCAUUCAGCUACGCGUCGAUCCCACUGGCGACAUUUUGUACUUUGAUGUGCUCCAUCUGUUCCCCUUUACCAGUGAAACCAAACGUAUGGGCAUCAUUGUUAGAAAUCGACAAACGCAAGAAAUCACAUUUUUCGAAAAGGGCGCUGAUGCUGUCAUGGCGCGCAUUGUGCAAUACAAUGACUGGUUGAACGAAGAGUGCGAUAACAUGGCAAGAGAAGGCUUGAGAACCCUGGUGGUGGCCAAGAAGAGUUUGUCAGAAGAGGUCUACCACGAAUUUACAGCCAAAUAUCAUGAGGCAGAGGUUGCUUUGCACGAUCGAAAUGCACUCAAACAAGCCGUGGUGGAGACCUUGUUGGAAUCCAAUCUUGAGUUGUUGGGACUGACAGGUGUGGAAGACAAGUUGCAAGAAGGUGUCAAGAACACGCUGGAGCAGAUGAGAAAUGCGGGGCUCAAGGUAUGGAUGCUGACAGGUGACAAGAUUGAAACAGCCACCUGUAUUGCUAUUUCAUCCAAGUUGGUUUCCAGAAAUCAAGGUAUUCAUACCAUUUCUAAAAUCAAAACUGCAAUGGAGGCUUGGGAUGAAAUCGACAAUCUACGCACAAAGACAGAUAAUUGCUUGGUCAUUGACGGCGAAUCACUGCAGCUUUGCCUCGACCAUUAUGUGGAUGAAUUUAUUGAGAUGGUGACACUCCUGCCUGUGGUAGUCUGCUGUCGCUGCUCUCCUACACAAAAGGCAGAUAUCACUCGGCUCAUCAAAGAAUAUACCAAGAAACGAGUGCUGUGCAUUGGCGAUGGUGGCAACGAUGUGAGCAUGAUUCAAGCUGCUGAUGUCGGUGUGGGUAUCGUUGGCAAGGAAGGCAAACAAGCUUCGCUGGCUGCUGAUUUCUCCAUUACUCAGUUUAGCUAUUUAACCAAGUUACUAUUAUGGCAUGGUAGAAACAGUUACAAAAGAUCAGCCAAACUAUCUCAAUUUGUCAUUCAUCGUGGUCUCAUCAUUUCAGUCAUGCAGGCUGUCUUUUCUGCUCUUUUUUACUUUGCGCCUAUUGCUUUGUAUCAAGGCAUGCUGAUUGUGGGUUAUGCGACCGUGUACACCAAUGCGCCCGUAUUCUCGUUGGUGCUGGAUCAAGAUGUCAGUGAGGAAAUUGCCAUGAUGUACCCUGAACUGUACAAGGAUUUGACCAAAGGCCGAUCCUUGUCUUACAGAACCUUCUUUACAUGGUUAUUGAUCAGUGUGUAUCAAGGUGGCGCCAUCAUGAUCUUAUCCAUCAUCUUGUUUGAAGACGAGUUUAUCCACAUUGUAGCUAUUUCCUUUACUGCAUUGAUUUUCAAUGAAUUAUUGAUGGUGGCAUUAGAGAUCAACACAUGGCAUCGCUACAUGAUUUUGGCUGAACUAGUCACCGUCCUGAUCUACUUUGGAUCCAUGUGGUUACUACCUACCUAUUUCGACAUGACAUUUAUCCUCACAGGCAGAUUUGUAUGGAAAGUAGCCGUCAUCACUGCUGUCAGUAGCUGUCCACUGUACUUUGUAAAGAUGAUCAAACGAAGAAUUGCACCUCCCAGUUAUACAAAAUUAACCUAA